UAUGUGCUGCUUAGUCCGGUCUUAAUCUCAAUCCCAAUCUCAUUCCCUAGCCUCCUCCACCUGCAGCAAUGUUGCCACCGCAGCUGCCACCGCCCGACGCGAUGGAGCACAGCCACAAAUGAGGCCACCCCUACUUUCCUCUCUGGGAAUCCAGACUGAAGACUCGUACAGUAUGCUCUCCUCCCAUCGACCAUUACCUCUUCACGUUGCUGCAGACGCUUCGGCCAUCUUCCGAUCCACCGCAAUGAGAUAGGAAGUAGCCUUGUCCACUUCGGUUGAGUCCAUACAGGUUUGGGCCUACAGAACCACGUCACCCCGUGCAUUCAAUGGUCUCGUUUCCUGCUGGAGCCUUUAAACCGACCACUAUCACCCCUCAUCUGUAGCAUGCCGUAACUUCAGACCCCUUGCCAUUUUCUGCCUGAUAUUUGAACCUCACGGGUGCCCAUGACCCAGCAGCACAGCAUGCCCUACCUCGAAUAACACCAUGAGCAGAGAUCAUGACUUGGGUUCAGGUACAACCGAGUACCAGUUUGUUUUCGGUAAGGACCAGCCUGGGACCCGCAGUCAUGCCAUGCGACAAUUUUGGCGUCGACGACAUCAAGCCCUGCAAAGUUCCGUCCGCAUCUCUCGUCCCCAGUUGAGAGCCUUGCUGCCCAAGGAAUAUGGUUCCGAGGGCGGGGGAUUCCAGGCCGAUGUGGCUCAGAGUCAGGGGAAGUCCCCGGAUCCGCCAGCCAACAACGCCUUGGAGCCAGGGUCCCGACCCCCAAAUCCCCAACCCACUGGCAUCGACGCGGCCCAGGAGUCGAAAUUUUCCAUCCUGCAGGGGCCUUCCACCAAAUUCCCCAUUGAUCUAUCCCCGAAAAACCAAGCCAUCUUCUACUCUUGGCUCGACUUACACACCAGUUCCACUCCCGACACAUCCCCAAACACAAGGUUUCAUCCCAUACAAGAUGUCUGGCUCCCGAUGGACUUAUCGAAUAGUGCUGCGUUCUGUGCCUUGAUGGCACAUGCAUCCGCACAUGUCGCACACCUUCAGAGGCAGACCAAGUCCCUGGAAUCCGAGAAGUUUAGAACACUCGCCGUGGGCAUCAUCGCCAAAUGGCUGGCAGAUGAGAGGCGAUCGACACAAGAUGCGACGCUUGCUGCGAUUGCACGUCUGCUGAUGUUUGAGAAAUAUUGGGCUGUGGACGACCAAUGGCGCGCACAUAGAAACGGUCUCUUCAGCGUCUUCCAUGCGAGAGGUGGGCUGCAGGCGUUCAAAUCAGACUGGCGUCUUCAUAUGGUAUUAUUUCUGGCAUUCUCCAUGUCAGAGCCAUCCCGGUUAUCAAGCCCAGCGCAUGCCUGGGAAAUUUCCGAGUAUUUCGUUCCAUCUGCCGUACACCCCGCUAUUCAGCUUCGCAUGGUUCACAACAAACCGAAAUCGUUCCACGGAAUACACAUAUACCCCGAGGUGUAUGAUGCCGUCCUUUUUUUGCGCAAUUAUACGGACCACCCAGACUCGCCAGAUCAGAAUGGACAUCUCGACGUACAAGGUCAUAAGCUGAUCUGCUUGUUUAUACUGGUUUUGAUAAUGCAGGAGUCAUUAUACUCAUCGGAACCCGAACUGAAUCACUCUUUCGCAUACAAGUUGCCGGAGCUGAACAAUUCUCUCUAUCAGAAAAGACUCUCAUGGGUUGGGUCCCCACAGAAAUUACGCGAGUUGCUGAUGGGGGAUCAUACGAUGCUGGGCCCACCAACUCGCGAAUUCAUCGUCAAACUCGAACAAAAUGUUGUCUACCUAAACGAGGACGCGCGGGGAGCGAUUGAGAAAUGCCUCCUCAACACGCUUCUCUGGAGGCACGAGUCAUUGGACGCGAUUUCCAAUCUUAACGUGGUUGUCUGAGAGGUUUGGAUUCUCAGUUGCCAACAAACAUCUUAGAAGGACUUGGGGCUAUAGGAGAGCUGGCACAUGUCGGAAAAUACUUCCGUGCCAUCUGGAACUACUCCUGUAAGUGCUCUACUCCCUCCUCAACGUCACUUCCAUACCUCUUAUUUGUCAACCAAACCCAUACUUCAGGCCCCGCAAUAAUCCCCGCUAACCACCAAGAGAAUUAGUAGUCAAACCAACAUCCUCCCGCCCCGUCCGUCGCCCACCACCUUAUCAGUUUCACCCUACAACAUGUUACCCGCGUUACAACGGAACCCCGCCCCACAUUGCAUCAGAGAUAA